AUGGAUUUGGGAGAGACUUAUGAAGAAAGUGAUAAGUUAACGAUUAUGCCUCUUGGGGCUGGUCAAGAAGUUGGAAGGUCAUGCAUACUGUUGACAUUUAAAGGGAAGAAGAUAAUUCUGGAUUGUGGUAUACAUCCUGGCUUACGCAACCGAGAAAGCUUGCCAUUCAUUGAUGCAAUCCCGGAUAUCCAAACGACAGACCUUAUUUUGAUUAGUCACUUUCAUCUUGAUCACUGUGGAGGGCUUCCACAUUUGCUUUUAAAGACUGGAGCUAAGUCAAAAUGUUACAUGACACACGCAACGAAAGCUAUUUAUCGUUAUUUGCUUGCUGACUUUGUUCGUGUUAGCAAUUCUGGUGGCCUACCGGAUCAAUUAUUGUACAGUGAUCGAGACAUAGUAGCUAGCUUAGACCAUAUUGAUACUAUAGAUUUUCACCAAGAACUUGAAGUUAACGGAAUAAAGUUUUCUGCCUAUCAUGCUGGACAUGUGUUAGGUGCAGCUAUGUUUUUAAUAGAAAUUGCUGGUGUAAAAAUUUUAUAUACUGGAGAUUUCAGCCGACAAGAAGAUAGACAUUUAAUGUGUGCUGAAAUUCCUCCUAUACGUCCAGACGUUCUGAUAACCGAAGCUACUUAUGGUAUCCAUAUCCAUGACAAACGGGAAGAAAGAGAAGCUAGGUUUACUAGCUUAGUUCACGAUAUUGUCACUCGUGGAGGGCGCUGUUUGAUUCCAGCAUUUGCACUUGGCAGAGCCCAAGAAUUAAUGUUGAUUCUUGAUGAAUAUUGGGACAAUCAUCCAGAACUGCAUGACAUACCUAUUUAUUAUGCCAGUCAGCUCGCACGGAAAUGUAUGGCAGUUUACCAAACGUAUAUUAAUGCUAUGAACGAACGAAUUCGCAACCAAUUAGCAAACAACAAUCCAUUCUGUUUCCGACACAUAUCCAAUUUAAAGAGUAUUGAACAUUUUGAUGAUUCUGGUCCAUGUGUGGUUAUGGCCAGUCCUGGAAUGAUGCAGUCUGGUCUUAGUCGAGAGCUAUUUGAGAAUUGGUGCACAGACAAACGUAAUGGAGUAAUUAUUGCAGGCUAUUGUGUCGAGGGUACUCUGGCGAAACAAAUUUUAUCUCUACCGACUGAAGUACCUACAAUGUCAGGUCAAAUGUUACCAUUGAAAUGUUCAGUAGAUUAUAUUAGUUUCUCUGCUCAUACUGACUAUCAACAGACGAGUGCAUUUAUCAGAGAACUAAAACCAAGCUAUGUCGUAUUAGUACACGGAGAACAAAACGAAAUGUUACGGUUAUGUGGGGCUUUACAAAGGGAGUAUGAAGAUGAUGAAACAUGUAGACUGGAAAUAUUUACGCCUAAAAACUGUGUCCCAGUUAAUCUACGUUUUCGUGGUGAGAAAGUCGCUAAAAUUUUGGGUAGUCUCGCUCAUAGUGCUCCUAAAGAAGGUCAAACUAUUUCAGGAGUUCUUGUAAAGAAAAAUUUCGCAUAUCAUAUUUUAACACCUGGUGAAUUACCGACAUACACUGAACUAGCUACAACUGUUGUAAAUCAAGUCAUUUCUAUUCCAUUUACUGGUAGUGCUAAUCUUUUGAAAUUUCAUCUGGCUUUACUUGCUGGUAGCGUGGAAACGGUAUCUCAAAAAUCAGAUAAUGUACAAUACCGUGUAUUUGAUGCAAUUAAUAUUACUUGGCGACCACAACAGAUAACUAUGGAAUGGCAAUCCAAUCCUACAAGUGACAUGUAUGCGGAUGCUGUACAGAAUGUUAUUUUACGUGCUGCUAUGCAAGGAAUGCCUCCUAGAGGCUUACCUCAUCUUAUUGAACCGAACAAAGAGCAAUUUCGAUCUGCGCUCGAAGUAGCACUUCAAGAUGCAUUCGGUAUUGACUGUUUAGAAGAAGAGAUAAUUAAGCCUGAUGCUAAUCAUGUUAUAGUGCAUGUUGAUUCUCAUGUCGCUGAAGUGAAUCUAUGCGAUUUAUCCGUCUCGUGUAAAACCAAUCCAAGAUUGGAGCAUAUUCUUCAAGUUAUGGUCAAUCGAUUGAACCACUGCAUUUCAGCUAUGUGA